UUCAUAAAUAGGAAAUUAGGUAAUAAGCAUACUGCUGUAGGAGAUGGGGGAAGCGUCUUCCAUGCAAAGGAAGAAAGCAAACUCCAGCUGUAGAAUCCAUUCCGUUUUCAUCUCAGUUCCAUAUCUAGCAACAAAUUUACUAGCAACCUAUGCAAAACACAGAUUGCCGGGAGACAUUUGCCCCCAUCAAUUGGCAGCUCCCCCCCUAAAAACCAAGUAAACUUAAAAGAUAUUACAGAAUGCUGAUAUAAGCCCUGGUGAUUUCAGAUAUUGACUUAAAAGAUUCCUCACAGAGAAUCUUUAAUACUGACUGCCUUCCUAUAAUGAAGGGAUCUCAAGGCUGAGCUCCUCCAGAUAGUAUAACUGUGGCAAUGGUGCACUUUAUUAUAAAUGCUUAUCAUUCUAGACCUAAAUUAUGUACCAUACAGGAAAUAAAACUUAAAACCAAGUCCUGAAAAGAAAUAUAGGGGAGGAGGAAAUAUAAGAAAAAAGUUUCAAAAGUGAUUAAAAUGGUGUAGGAUAGAUUCAGUCCCUGAGAUUUCUGUAACUUGGAGCCAUCACAGAAUUAUGUGAUUAUGUCAGUUUAAUGCAUUGUGUUGGAAGCUGCCAAAUUUAUGUUCUGACUCUCAAGAAGUGCUGUCCAUCCACAAAUGACUACUGGGAGUGAAUGGUGGGAACAGAGGAUCAACAUCUGUAUUAAAAAAAAUUCUUUAAUUAGGGCCCGUGUGUGAAUUUAGGUACUGUAUUUAAGGCAUUAGUUAAAGCUUUUAAAUUAGGCAUAUGACCAAUAAGAUCCUCUAAACUGAUGAACAGUGAAGUGUUGGUCAUAGAGGCUCCCAUAAUAUUAGAAAUAAAAACGUGCUUCCUAGUUAUGGUGUUGAAUCUCUUCUGAACAAUGAGCAUGCCCUUUUGAGUUACUUUGACCUUCUUUCUCUAUUUCUGUUCAUCAUUUCAAUUGUCAGUUACCAGUAACGGCUAUUCGGGUUACACUGCUUGCUCAGCAAUGCAAUUUCCUUUAAGUUUUUUCUUUCAAGGAAGUGAAACUACUGCAGUGCAGUUUUUGCACUUGAACAUGCCAAGUGAAAUGGAGUGACUGGGGCUGAAGAGAGAAGUACCUGAGAGAAAUUGCUUUUGCAAAAAUACUCUUCUUCUGUAGUGUCAGAAGGAAAAAUCUUUAAAUCUGUAUCAGUGUGUCAGUUUAGGAAGUGUAGCAGGUUACCAUGAUAUAGUGUGUACUGGAUUCAGUUUAACAUACCAGGUACCCAGGCUAGUCUUUGCCUUAUGUACUUUGUGUGUCUACAUGAAACUUGAUUGGUAUCACUACAUUAACAACUGUAGUUCUGCUCGUUGACGAAGAUGGCCACAGAUGUCUUCAAUUCCAAAAGCUUGGCCAUUCAGGCCCAGAAGAAGAUUCUUGGCAAAAUGGUGUCUAAAUCAAUAGCAACUACCUUGAUAGAUGAUACCAGCAGUGAUGUUUUGGAUGAGCUCUACAGGGUCACAAGGGAAUACAUUCAAAACAAGAAGGAUGCAGAGAAGAUCAUUAAAAAUCUCAUUAAAACAGUCAUCAAGUUAGCAAUUCUCUAUAGGAAUAACCAGUUUAACCAGGAUGAAAUAGCACUGAUGGAAAAGUUCAAGAAAAAGGUUCAUCAACUGGCCAAAACAGUGGUCAGUUUCCAUCAAGUGGAUUAUACCUUUGACAGAAAUUUCUUGUCCAAACUGUUGAAUGACUGUAGAGAUCUACUUCAUCAAAUCAUCCAGCGCCACCUGACUGUAAAAUCACAUGGACGUGUCGACAAUGUGUUUGAUCACUUCUCUGAUUGUGAAUUCUUGGCUGCCUUGUACAAUCCUUUCGGACCUUAUAAACUCCACUUGCAAAAACUCUGUGAUGGUGUCAAUAAAAUGCUUGAUGAAGGGAACAUAUAAGUACUUGCAUUAAGGUUGACUGUUAUUAUUAGUUGAUGGAAUGUGGCUGAUUUAUGAAGGAAUAAGGGAAGCCCAAAAGUAGUUACUUAAGUAUGACAGGUGCUUCAAAAAGGUCUUUACCAAAUUGAAUCCUUAUUAUGAGCCAGCCUCUGCUAUUCCUAGUCCAUCUAGAACAAAGACUUCAAAUGAUACUGCUUUAUUGUGCUUUGCCUAAGAAAACAGCUGGAGAAAAGGUUAAAGAACAGAACUGAAGAGGAAGACUUGUAACAAAAUGAAAUAAUGUGUUAUCAUAUGAUACGAGUUAUGGUUUCUGUGUGUUGAGAACAUAUUAAAUCAUCAGAAGGCCAUUUUUUGUAACAGACUAGUAUGGUGAUGGUACACCAUGUAAUGUCUUUAAUUUACAUAUAAAAUAUAUAGUCGAUUCAUUUUAUAUUCACAUGUGCUCUAUGUAUUUGCGUAGAUCACAGCUUUCUAGUGCUGCUUUUUUGAAGAAUUCAGUUUUACAGUUUUCAUAACAGUGAUGUGGAGUUUGAGCUGUUUUGUUAAUAUGCAGUCUAGUGAUUACAAAAAAAAAUUAUAUUUGAAAACCUGGCAAGUGACCCUUACAGAUCGCCUCUGGUGCCUUUUAAGCUUUGAUCAUUUUGGGAACAGUAAAUUACAGUAAAACAGCCUGACUAGGAAAAUGUAGUCCCUAGAAAAUACCUGUACUAUAUAUCAUUUUAUUUUGAAAACUAAGUCUCUAGUUGAAAGCUGAAUUACAAUACAGUAAAUUAGUUAUGCAGUUAAUUAAUACCCUGGAGGGUCUGGCUACUAAAUCUCCAAUCUCUUCUGAAACCAUAAGAGUCAGUGUAUAGGAUUCUGUAUAUAGUAAUGUGAAUUCAGGAAACAAACAUCUGAAAAAGAAAGAAAUUUCAAACCAAUUUGCUUUGUGUACAGUCAAUGUAAAAGCAGAAGUGAGUGAGUUUAUGGUAUUUUGUUGGGAUACAUGCUAUUUAAAUAAUAGAGAAAUGUCAUUUUUAAUACAGUAGCUUAAGUUAAAGAUUUGUAUCUAGCUCCCUCUCCUUCACCCCACCCCCUGGAAAAAAGGACUUUUCAGACACAGUAAUGUGCUUCAAAACAUAAAGCUAUUGCAUUUCAAACACCCGAAAAGUUUUUUAGGAAGCCUGUGAAGAACUUUUGUGGUUUAUUUAAUUGCCAAAAUGUUGCUGUUUGCUAUGUCUUUUGUUUCAUGAGUAAGCCAAAGAUUUGCACUCUAUACUUUGUGCAUGUUUUAUUCUGUUAUAUAUUAAAUUAUAGAAAGAAAGUGCGAGACAAUGGGUAGACCAGAACAAUCUUUCAUAUAUGGCCUCCCUAUUAUUUCUAGUUUUUUCUAGAAUGGAAGAACAAUUCAGUCUUCACAUUAAUUCUAUCACUGUACUCUGAUUUUUUUUUUCUUUUUUUAAAGAAGUCUGUCAAAUAUGGGUGGGGUUUUUUUUGAGGGAUGGGGCUGGAUUUGUGGAUUUAGACUGCCAGCUUCUUUUACAUAAGAGCCAGUGAUGAAGGGUUGAGGUCACAACCAUCUGAAGAACUUCUUUGCCAGCAGAUGCAAUCUUAGUGUCAAAUAUUUUUAACAUUGCACUUUGUCCAUCAUAGGUCAUUUUUGUUUAAUGAUGCAAUAACAUAAAGUUACUGUACUCGGUCAGUAAUGUUGUACAGUAAUUAUUUUGUAACUUUGCAGUUACAUUUUUUUUCUUUUCCCUCCAACUUUCUGUCUACUGAAAGGAGAAUGGGAAGAGUUGGUGACAUCUAGAAACCUGUGUUUAAUAUUUGUAAACUUAGGCUACAAACAGAUGUUGCAUUUGUCCCUGGACAAGUUGUGCCAGCGUUUGUCCCAGAACAAAAACAUCCUGGGAUUGACGUAUACAGAUUCAGAUAUCUGACCAACUGCGCUUUGUCCCAGAAUAAAAUGGUUACCUUGGGACAUGCAAUGUCUGUUUGUAGCCCUUGAGACUCUAUAUCUAUUGCUAGUUUUACCCACUCCUGCUCCAAAUGGCAUCAUUUUUAAUUAAUUUUAAGUCUACUUGCAAAGAGAAUGUGAUGGGUAUUUUAGAGCCAGGCAUACUAUAUACAUUCGAUAUGCAAACUUCUAUGCGUGGACUUUAGUCAGGACGUGAAACAUUCUGGUUAUUCAAUUUUGAGGUUUCCCUUGAGCAGAAAUAGGUUUAAAAAUGCUUUUGUUAUAGGGGGAACAAAUGUCCAAAAGUCCGUGAACCUGAACCAUUAUCUAGCAAUAUGUUUGCUUCUUCAAAUAGGCUAAACUGAUGAUGAAUACUAGAAGUUUGAGAGCUAUAAGAUAUCACAUCUAGUUGGCAACUUUGACAUGUUCUUCCAGGCUGCGAAAGAAUAACUAGCAUUCUUGUACAACUAUAAAGAAGGGACUUUCAUGAAAAUGAGUUUAAACAAUUUGAUCACAGAUCACCAAAGGUCUAAUUUUGUAGAGAUUAUGAAAUGGUACAUGCACUGAGCUAUCUAACUUUAUAGUUCAUUUAUUUUUACUAUGUAAACUAUUUAUAAUGAGCAGAGUUUGAAAAUAAAUUGACUUAAUGGC